ACUGAUUGGGAUACAAAUACACAGAAGUGAAGGAAAGUCUAGAAGAAGAAAAACAAAAAUAAUAACAUUAAAGAAAACAUGUUCCCUAUUCAAGGAAAGCAUAUUGAUCUGGAAGACAAGAUGGACAGAAAAACAAAACAAAACUGAGGAGUCUAUGUCUUCUAGAACAGUAAGACAAGUAAAAAAACUCAAACACCAUAAUGCAAGAAAACUCCCCAGAACUUCUGAACACAGAAAAAGCAGUACUAUUUGAAAGAAUGACUAGAUCACCUCCAGAAAAAAACCCAAGGUGCUAAACUCCAAGACACAUAGUGCUCAAAUUUAAUAAUUCAAUUUAGAAACAAAAAAUUCUUCAGGUAACCAGGAGGGAUACAGAGGAAGGGAAAUUAGAAUAACACAAUAUUGUUCUUGCACCCAGCAGAAAACUCAAGCAUGGAAUAAUGUGUUCCAAAGAGCAAUGGAUGCCGCCCAGAGUGACUUGCUCUGAAAAUCUGAGCUUAACCAUAAAUGAAAAAAAAUAUGGGCAUUCAAUAAUAAAGAGGUAUUUGGGACAUUUUUAAAAAAGAAAACCAGACCUGAAGAGAUUACUUGCUUCUCAGAUACCUCAAUCAACCAAAAUCUAGGGGGGGUGAAUGAAUACAGCAGCCAGUGACAACGGCAACAGAACAACUGCAGAGAGACCAGUCAGAGACUUCUUUCUAAAUGUACGCAAAGAGAUGGGGUGAAAGCAGAAGCCUUGAGACAGCCUGCCUACAGACUUCUCAACCUGAUCCCAUUGAACUCCAAAGACAGCAAGAGACCAAGAGGAAAGCUCUUGCCAGAAAACGAGCCAGAGAACAUCUUCGACUAAGAAGUCCUGAACCUGUAGAAGGCAGAAAACAUGUUGAUGUACAGACAGAGUUGUAUCUAGAAGAGCUUGCUGACCGUGUAAUAGAAGUUGAUAUGGAAUGUCAGACGGAUGCAUUUUUGGACAGACCACCAACACCACUCUUUAUCCCAGCCAAAACUGGCAGAGAUGUAGCCACACAAAUACUAGAAGGCGAGCUGUUCAACUUUGACGUUGAAGUCAAGCCGAUGUUGGAAGUUUUGGUGGGAAAGACCAUUGAACAAGCUUUGCUGGAAGUCAUGGAAGAAGAAGAAUUGGCUGAACUAGAGACGCAUCAACAACAGUUUGAAGAAUUACGGAAUCUGGAACUCGCGGAAGUCCAGCGACUUGAAGAGCAAGAGAGGCGCCACCAGAAAGAGAAGGAACAUCGCAGACAGCAACAACUAGCAGUAUUACACAAACAGAAUGAGACUUCACAGAAAAUUGCAGCUCGAGCAUAUGCUAAGGUUUACUUGGCUGACCUCCUUCCAUCUGUCUUUGGCAGUCUCAGAGAUAGUGGUUAUUUCUAUGAUCCUAUAGAAAGAGAUAUUGAGAUUGGAUUCCUGCCAUGGUUGAUGCAUGAAGUAGAUAAGAGAAUGGAAUACCACAUGGUGGGAAGAAUAGUACUUGACAUGAUGAUUCGUGAGGUGGUUGAAAAUAGGUUGAAAAUGUUUGAACAGCUCGGAGUUAAAGAGUCAAAGACUUUCCCUGAUGAGAAUGACAAACAGAAGAAAGAAUCAUUGGCAACAGGAGCUGAACAAGUCAUAGACGAUGUCAACCAACAGGAUUCACAGCAGACAAAUGGUUCCCUGGAGAAGAAGCCAUCUGUAGAAGAGAAGCUGUCUGUAGAAAGGAAGUCAUUUGCAGAAAGGAAGCAGUCUGUGGAAAAGGAUUCCUUGGAGAAGAGUGCAUCUGUAGAGAAGAAGAAAUCAAUAGAGGAAGUACCAUCUGAGGAGACAGAGCCAUGAAACCAAGUGACAGCCAGACCAUCAGAUAAUCAGGAGACCUUCAUUCAAGAAGAGCAUUUGUCAUGCUUUGGGAAAAGAAAAGGUUCAACAGCAGUUUUCUGGACUCAGCUACUUACUGUGAAGAUUGUCUUGGGUGGGGGGGAAGGGUAAGAAAAAAGUAAAGAUUUAUAUUUUGUGGUUGGUGAAUCAGUCAGUUACCAUGCUCUCUUCAUUUAAUGUCCAUUUUAACAUUAUGAUUUUCAUAUCUAAAUGAGAAAAACCAUAAUAUACCUUUUGCUCAUUCCAAAAUUAAAGAAAGCUCAACGUAAAAAAUUA